GCGAUUGCGACGAAGUGAACGAGGCCUUGCGUCGAGCUCCAUAAAUUCGAUGACCAAACGCGGCGCGACCCGCUGCUUUCGUCCCGUCCUUCUCCAGUCCAGCGCGCUGCGCGCGUCUCAAACACAAGCAGUGAGCUGCAAAUCAACUCGCCCGUCCCAUUGUCCAGCUAGCCUAGCUCGUCGCCAGCCAUACGUCGUCGAUGGGGAAGAGGAAGUCGAGGAGCUCCAAGCUGGCGGCGCAGCCAAAAAAGGCGCCGAAACUGGAGAAGGUCUUCACGUGCCCGUUCUGCAAUCACCCGGAGAGCGUCAAGUGCCUCAUCGACCUCAAGCUGGGUUACGCGGAGGCGUCGUGCCUCAUCUGCGAGGAGAGUUACUGCACCGUCCCCCACAACCUGACCGCGCCCACUGACAUCUACCACGAGUGGAUCGACGAGUGCGAGCGCGCCAACGACGACGCCCGCCGCUCCCGCCGGUGAUGGAUUCCGGCAAACGGUGACGUAUGCAUAGAUUGCUUGACUCAUCAUCAUGGUUCCGCUAACGACGGUGAAAGCGAUGAGCACAGCUUGGUGUGUUCUGUGUAAUUGUGUUGCAGUCAUCACUUUCUGGUGGUUUCACUUUCGGGCAUAGGUGCAUCCGACGCCCGAGGUACGUAGUUACCGGGUUCAUUCACGCGCGCUUCGUGUUGCAGAAAGAAUGCACACUUGUGCAGUUUGCGUCACCGUGCCCCUUUGUCGUGUCGCUAGCUGCAGCGCGUGCGAAGUUCUGUUGAGCAGGUCGCAACGAGAGAUUUCAGAAUAAUUAAACAUAUUUGCAUGUUCCACUGAAUAUGACAUCAAUUCACAUUAUUAUUUUUCAAUU